AUGGUUGGUGUACCACGAAGCAAAGGUUGCAGAAUCUGUGUUCAGCGGCGUGUCAAGUGUGACUUGACCAGACCUAAAUGCAACAAUUGUGCGAAGGGUAACCGGCCAUGUCCCGGAUACGAUUCGAACCUCAGAAUUCACGAUGAGGGUUCCAAACUUCGCAAGAAGUUCGGGCAAAAUGAACUUGUGGUUCGGAGCGCAGAAUUCGACUUCACGUCGCCUGCUACCAACAAAAGCACACCCAGUUCCGGUGGCCCUUCGUCAGAAUCAUCCCCAGAAGAAAUCCUUGAUCUGGUGGUAGGAACAAAUGAAUUUGAUUUCGAGGCAGCCGAUGCAGUGACCAUUCUCCGUGCGGAGAAGUUGCUCCCUAGCUACAAUGCGUUCUUUCACUUCCUCGAGCAUGAAAUAAACCCGGUCGCCAAUUUCGAUCAAUCACUCCAGGCCGCGAAAGGGCUAUCCGACUUGACACUUUAUACUCCAAUAUAUUCACCAUAUCUCGUCCAGGAACAGCUCCUCAACACUUUUACAUCAGCCAUUGGCGCAGCUGGCCCACAGACACUCCCAGCUCAGAUGCAAAACCAUCGUCGUUGGCUGUCACGAUUGCCUUCGCACUUUGGACAGACACUACUAGAUGCCGCUAUCCGUGCUGUUUCUAUGGUCCACUUUGGUCGAGUCACCAGCUCUGACCGCAUGGUUGAAGAAUCAAGACAAUUUUACGGCAAUGCAUUGCGACUGCUCAACAAGGCACUGACCGAUCAAGGUGAAGGAAUGGCUAGCGAAACUCUCUCAGCCACUGUUCUUCUUUCUUUUUAUGAAAUGUUUGCAUCGGCGUCAAAUGCUUCGUGGCUGCGACAUGCUGGCGGUGCCGGGUUACUCAUGCGUCUACGUGGGCCUGAAAGACAUCGCUAUGGUCUUGAUCGAGACUGUUUUCUCGCAUAUCGUCACACCAUUGUCAUUGAAGCUUUUCAGCAGGAUGAAGAGUGCUUCCUGGCGAAGCCCGAGUGGAUCGAAUUGGCAGCACAGAUCCAUCAGGAUUUGCGCGUUUCAGCCAUUUCAGCGGAUCGCCGCGAAAUUUUUGACCUCGGGGAGGAGUUCUAUCUGGAGAAUGUCAACAUCCCAGGUACAUUUCGGGACGCAAGGAAUUUGGAAAUCAUGAAGUCAUCCUUGUCAACUGAUGGCUACUCGGAUUUCAAGGAGGCUCUUUUGGAGAGGACUCGACAACAUCGAUACGCUCUCAAAUCGAUCAAUCUACGUUUUCGAGCAGCACUCCAGAAGACCGGGCUCGAGACAUCAUCGCGUAUGACAAGCGAUCGAGUCUUCCCAUUGCAGUACGUCUACGUCAAUGUCUUCAUCGCAUCCAACAACGUUGGUUACUGGACAAUCAUGCUGCUAUUGAAUAUCAUCUUGAAAGAGGCCGAGAAAGAAACUCAUCCAGAGAGGCAUGGCCUCUAUGUCAUGGAAAACCACGAAAUUGCGAUGGAGAUAUGCCGCACCACCCCCUUUAUGCUGACUUCGUCGUUUCUUGGACCAUUCUUCAUCACUUUUGCCCUUAGACUUUGCCUCAUGGUCUUCGAGCCAGGGGAUCAGAGAGACUGGGUUGUCAGAAAGUUGAUAGAGAUCGGUGCAACACGGAUUAGCAUGGCUUCUGAUAUUCCAGGCUUCGAAGUUGGAACGUCUGUGAAGAAAGAUGCUCAUACUCCAGGACUGGUUGAUAUGUGA